GUCUAUGUUGUCCCAUACGCUUGGCCAUAAUGGCACGGGUCAUUCGCGGCGAGGGAGGCUCCCUGCAACAGCGAGGAGAAUUGCUCUUCAAACAGGGUAAUUACCAAGGCGCGCUCGAUGCUUUCACCGAGGCUCUCUCCUGUAAAGACGCUGAUGUGAUGAGCAUACUUGAUAAUCGAGCGGCUACCUACAUCAAGCUUGCCCGAUAUGAUCGGGCCCUUAUCGAUUCCCGAAACAUGGUUCGAAAAGAUACCAAGGACGGACGAGGUAUUUUGCGUUAUGGUCAAGUGUUACUCUUGACCGGAGAUCGUGUCAAGGCUCUUAAGGCGUACGGAUACGGUCUCAAGACCCUGCCUAACGACAAUCCACGUCGCAAGUUUGUCCUUCAAAUGUUCUGCAAAGUGCGUGAUGCAGCUUCAGUCAAGCGUCUGGAUCCUUUCAGUGUCCUGCCGCUCGAAAUAGCCAUGAUGGUUCUCCGACACCUUUCGUUCCGCGAAAUUGUAACUUAUACUCGCGUAUCUAAAGGAUGGCAGAGCUUCUUGUCGAUGCGAGACUUGUGGAUGCGUCUCGACCUUAGCGAAGCCCGUCGCAAAGCAUCCUGGCGCUCUAUCAGAACAUACAUUCAGCGCUCUGGUGCCAUGCUUACCCACGCCACGAUAAGCAAUAUAGCAAGUCAAUCCCAGGACAAGGUGCUUGUAUAUUUGAGUAGAUGCCCAAAAUUGGAAAGCUUGGAGAUUGGAGAUCCUAUCCGGCGCCACGAAGGGCUGUACAACCAGUUUGAAGGCUGCAAACAACUGAGAUCUCUCGUUAUUGCGAAAGGAACACCCGUUUCACAAGAAAAUAUCGCCAAGUUCUUGUCGAAUUUACCCAACCUCGAGCACCUUGAAGUUCAUAAUGCGCAGCCCUCGGCCGAGACCAAAGUUCAGUGGCCGUCACACCUCCCGAAUAUGCGGAAAGUCACCCUCUCUACCGAAGAAGCGGCCGUGCAGCCACCAGGCCGUGUAAACGCUCUCUAUCUUCCUCCUGUCACAGAGUCGCAACCUUGCGUGAUGCCCAACUUGGAAGAACUGCGAAUUGACUCCUACCCUAAAGUCUGGUCACCUUACGAGCUGUCAUUCGACCCCAACCAGUUCCCCCGUCUACGAAAACUAGAGCUGAAAGGCGUUUUUAUCGGCGGUUUCGCACUACCUUCCACCCUCGAGCACCUCAGCAUCCAAGCGGGCUCAUGCCCUGGUGAACAAGAGUUCCCUUUUCCCUUCAGACGAUCCCCCCACCUCCGCCACCUACACACCCUCCUCCUCCGUGAUCUCAGCUGGGUUACGCGUACCACACUUCACACAUUCAUCGUCACAACAGAGGCACCACUACGAAAGCUCAUAGUGGCCAGUUGCCCGAGACUCGAUUACGCGCAGCUCGAGCACCUCCUAACCGAACACCCCAUAGAUCUAACCGAGCUGGGAAUCUGCGCUCUACGAGGAGUCACCGACAUGAGCGUAAGGGCGCUGGUCCAGCAUCUCCCCAAUCUGUACGCAUUAGACGUCUCAGUCACGGAUGUCACCGGUCGCCUGGUCAAGAUGUUCGCAGACGCGCGCCCCGCGGACAAUCUACCACGUCUCAAGUACCUUAAUGUGGCUCACUGCGAGCACGUCUUGUAUGAAGCGGUCGCGUAUGGCCGCUCGCACAACAUCAACGUUGUUACCCGUUGAAUCAGAGUCUAUGCACUAUCUCAACUGUUGGAUCGGACAUGUGGCAUUUUGCUUAUAUGUACGCCUUGCCUGGCAUCCUCGUUGUUUGGCUUG